AUGGACAAGCACAUGAGCUGUCGGCUAGUUCGCAAUGCCAAAGAUCAAUGUGCAUAUGUACGCGAAAACUGUCCAGACCAUCAAGAUGGCCUCCUCUCCUACCUACAGCUCUAUUAUUGCGCCUUGCCCGAUGCCAAACCAGUGGCAUUCAUUAUCAUCGUUCUCUGGCUGUCGCUACUUUUCAGUACUAUCGGUAUUGCGGCAAGUGACUUCCUGUGCAUUGACUUGAGUACACUGGCGAGCGUCCUCGGGCUCAGCGAAAGCCUUACUGGCGUCACGUUUCUCGCAUUCGGAAAUGGCAGCCCUGAUGUCUUCUCUACUUUCGCCGCCAUGCGAUCGAAUAGUGGGAGCUUAGCGAUUGGAGAGCUGAUUGGGGCGGCGACUUUCAUCACAUCUGUGGUAGCGGGCUCCAUGGCUUUGGUUCGACCGUUUAAGGUCGCGCGACGGAGCUUCGUCCGUGAUGUUGGGUUUUUCGUGGUCGCAGUCAGCUUUAGCAUGCUCUUAGUCGCUGAUGGUCGCCUCCAAGCUUGGGAGUCAGCUGCAAUGGUUGCCUUGUAUGUCUUUUACGUGAUUCUGGUUGUUAGCUGGCACUGGUAUCUCGUUCGGCGCCGCCGAAAGAACGAACGAGACUUGGCAGCCCGAACUCACUUUCAUAUCCCGGACAACCAGGAGUUGGAGAUCGAGCAGCCAGUAGAAGAUGAUGAUCCAGGCGUGGCUUCAGAAUCUCGCAGUCUUCUCCGUGGAGCGUCGACGGACGAUUUCGAUCUUCUAGAAAGCGCAGGUGGCAUCCCAGCUUGGAAGGAAGAGGAUGAGGAAGAUGACGAGACACGAAAUCGGUAUUUGGCAGAGAUUCGUGACAAUAUGCAUGUCUAUCGGCCCGCGACCUUGUCAAGGCGAAAUACCAUCAAUCCGAUUCGUGCGAGUAUAGUCGGUGCACUCGAAUUCCAAUCAGUGCUUCAGUCUCUUCGGAAGUCGAGAACUAUCAGGGACAAUCCAACGAUCAGCCUAAGUAGUUACUCCGACGAUGACGACAAUUCCUCUCAACCCUUUGAUACGCGUUCAAUAGCAUCGCAUCCCCGUGCUACCAGACCAAGUACUAUCAACGACCGCCUUUCACCGCUCAGUGCAGAGGGAUCACGGGCCCGAGCCGUCUCAGCGAAUGACGCCGACGGGUUGGAGAUUGACGCUAGUGUCUUUGAUCGACAACGUCAAGCUCCUCUUCUGACCGUGAGACGUCCAUCCAAUGAGCCUGCAGAAGGAUCUGGGGACAUGCGGACUUUUCAACUUCCUCGUAUCGAUACCAAUGUUUUAUUGACUGCCUCUCCGUCAUCGUCAGAGCAUCCAUCGCCAAACACAAGUCCUACAAUUGGCCCGGCUAUCCCUCAAAUACCAGACCUGCUUGCUCCGCCCGGGCCUUUUAGCUCACCGAAUUAUCAAACCUCAGCAACGCAGGGCCGCUCUCCACGGCCAAUGUCACCACGAGGAGGCAGUGGGAGCUACCACUCUGGGACUGGUCCAGAAAGCUCGGCUGUACCUUUUCCCGCAUUCGCCGACAACCCCCCUGCUCCAACAUCUCGUGCUCCCAGUAUCCGCUUGCCCAAUCCAGUGGCGAGUCCGUCCGAGCAACUCAUGAUUCAUGACGACCUGUAUGACACGGCCAAUGACAACGCGUCUUUGAAGGGACCUUUGAUGAAGUGGUGGCCUAGUUCGGUUCUUCCUCCUGCUGCGCAAAUCGGUUGCACGCUAUUUCCCACCUUGGCUGGCUGGAAAUCCAAGAACAUAGCAGAACGGCUGUUGGGAAUAAUUGCUGCGCCAAGUGUAUUCCUCUUAACAAUCACUGUCCCAGUCAUCGAACCUCAAGUGUCCGAGUCCGACGAACCUGAUCCAGUUCUUGCCGUUAUCAUUGAGCAAGUAGGCGAUGACGGUAACCCGACGCCUAGAGUCAGACUACCAGCAGACAGUCCGACCUUUUACCCGAUUGGGCAUGAGCAUGUUGAGUCUUUCCCAGAUGGACCUACCGUGCGCAUACACCCCCGCCGCAAGUCCACGCAUCAUGAACUUGCACCUCGCCCACGCUGGGAUUCCGAGCUGCCGGCCGUGCCACAUCCACCCCCAGAUGCGGCUUGCGUGGUAUCCAAGGAUUGGAAUCGCUGGCUCAUUGCAAUCCAGCUCUUCACUGGGCCUUUCUUUGUCAUUCUCAUUGCCUGGAGUACCGUAGAUGAGACGUUGGAUCUCAGGAACCUUAUUCUGCCUUCAUUGGUAGCCCUUCUCUUCUCAUUUAUUUGUCUGAGUGUCCUCAUUACGACUACCCGUCGCCGCCGAACAUGGCACCGUCAUAGCCAUGUUGAUCAUUCAUACUUCCGCCCGCAUGAAACACCUGAACUAUCCAAACCUCAGGCUCUUCCAUCUGGAUGGCGACCUUUCCUUUCCAUGCUCGGGUUUCUAGUUGCAAUUUCUUGGAUUGCAACUAUCGCCACAGAAGUUGUCUCUGUGCUCAAGACCAUCGGUGUUAUUCUGAACAUCUCUGACUCACUGUUGGGAUUGACGAUCUUCGCGGUCGGUAACUCGCUCGGCGAUCUCGUCGCCGAUAUCACCGUCGCCCGACUGGGAUACCCUGUGAUGGCAUUGAGCGCCUGCUUCGGCGGACCCAUGCUCAAUAUCCUCUUGGGCAUCGGUCUUGGGGGUCUAUAUAUGACUCUAAGCCCGGGUAAGUCAUCUCCUAAACAUGACGAGACGAUGGUUCGGGUUCCCUAUGAAAUCAAACUCUCCAAGUUACUAGUCAUCAGUGGUGCCACACUUUUGUUUGUUCUCAUUGGUCUUUUGAUUGUUGUUCCACUUAACAACUGGCGUAUGGAUCGUAGGAUCGGAUGGGGUCUGAUUGCAGUUUGGUGUGUGAGUACCUUAGGGAACGUCAUUGCGGAGGUUGUAUCAUGA